UCUUCAUUUUCUUUUACAUCGAUGAACACUUUAAUCAUAUACUGAUUUGUGUUGUAAAAAGGUGCUAAGUUUAUUCAAGAUUCGAGUUGGGUUUAUUCUAAAAUCAAAUGGGUUUCAGGCGCCUUCUUGUUCAGGUGUCACGGCAGCACUCGCGGUUGAGGCAAGUUAAUAACUUAUUACCAUGUUCUUAUCAGACGUCACUGACAUUUGGAAGCAAUGCAGGGCUUACUAAUGAAAGUCUUGUCCCACAUGCAUUUAUUAAUCAAGAAUGCAACUUUCAACAUCCUUCAGGCUUGAUGAUGUUGUCAAGGGCAUUAUACUCUACAGAUGCUAGUUUGACAGAAGUUGGUUCCACAGAGGCGGCUAAGGAAUUGCAUGAUAAACUUCUCAAAUCCGUGAUAGAUAAAAGGACUGCACCUCCAAACAGUUUACUGUGGGCCCUGAUUGAAAAAUGCGACAAUCGUGAAGACAUCAAACUUCUAUUUAACGUCUUGGAGAACCUUCGUAAAUUUAGGUUAUCAAAUCUUCGAAUUUUUGAAAACUUUAAUGACAAUCUUUGCCGGGAAGUAUCCAAAGCGUGUGUACGUGUAGAAGCUAUCGACUUUGGCAAGAAGACAUUGUGGAAACACAAUGUGUACGGAUUGACUCCUAGUGUUGCAUCUGCUCACAAUGUACUGUUGUAUGCUAAGCAACAUAAUGAUGUUAGUCUCAUGGUCGAUGUAAUGAAACUCUUAAAAGCAAAUGAUGUGCCCCUGCAACCUGGUACUGCAGAUAUCAUUUUUAGCAUUUGCUACAAUACUGAUAGCUGGGAGUUGAUGUGUAAGUACGCAAAACGAUUCGUCAAGGCUGGAGCGAAAUUGAGACGAACUUCAUUUGAUACUUGGAUGACAUUUGCUGCCAAACUAGGAGAUCUUGAUAGUUUAUGGAAGAUUGAAAAGUUGAGAUCAGAAGUGAUGAAAACACAUACAAUCGGUAGUGCCUUUUCAUGUGCCAAGGGGUUUCUGCUUCAACACAAGCCUGAUGAAGCAGCCGCAAUAAUUCAAGAUGUGACUCAGACGUUACCGGAAGCCAAAAGGCCAAAUAUAAUGGCAGAACUGGAGAAGCUGGUUAGCGAAUGGCCUUUGGAGGUUAUAAAGUGUCGAAAAGAUGGGGACAAAAUGGCCUUGGCUGCUGGUUUGCAAGAAGAUAUCCCUGCGAUGAUUGAUAGUCUUAAAGGGCUGGGCGUAAAGACAAACGUAAAAAUGGAUGAUUUGACUAAAAUGGCCCUCUAAGGUUCAAGUUCGAUGUUUUAGCCAUGCCCUUGAUCAAAGAAUGAUCAUUGUAUAAGUUGAAGUUGAUGUAUCUAGAACUUUAGAAUUCUUUGUUAGAUGUCAGCAUGUUGGUGCUACAUUCUUGCUUUGAGAUGAAGGUAUACAAUCGAAACAUGUUCAAUGGUAUGAGAUUUGCUGUCAAUAGAAUGACAAUCGCUUGUUUCAAUUUGUUCUAAA